AAAGUUUCUGUCAAACUUGCUUUACAGUGUACUCUUCAGUUUGUUUACAGUGACCUUUGUGUACAGCCACCAAACUGCCAACUGUUUUAUCAAGCGCCCUGGCUAACAAGAUUUGUGGCAUCAUGCGAUUUGCUAAUCCGGCUGGCGAAAGAAACAAAGAUCCGAUACUGAAUGUGUUGAAGCGGGUUUUAUCCAAAACCCUACCCAAUCUUCGACUAUUGGAAAUUUCUUCCGGUGUGGGAUUACAUGCGCCUUACUUUGCCAAGGAAUUCCCCAACAUCACUUUUCAACCAUCGGAAUUCGAUACCACUUUGUUUGGCAGUAUCGAAGCCUAUCGACAAGGGGUAGAGAACGUUCGUUCUCCAAUCUUCAUCGAUGUUUCGAAGCCGUGCCAAGAAUGGGAGAAUGAUGCCAACAUUAACCAACAAAACAGCGCGAACCAUUUCGAUUACAUGCUCAACAUCAAUAUGCUACACAUUUCACCAAUAGCUUGCGCUUUGGGACUGUUUCAUAAUUCUUCGGUGUUGCUGAAAACAGGCGGACUAUUGAUAACCUACGGACCGUACGCUGUGAACGGGAUGCUUACGCCGGAAAGCAAUGUCCAGUUUAACCGGUCACUGCGUCAACGAAACCCAGAAUGGGGCAUACGCGAUACGAGCGAAUUGCGUGAAAUGGCCAUGCAGAAAGGUAUCUCAUUGCUAGAAGUGAUCGACUUACCGGCAAACAACAAGUGUAUAAUUUGGAAGAAGGAAUGAAACCAAGAUAAUGGCUCCUGCAAGCUAUAUUCGUAAUAACAUCAUUACAAAAUGCCAAAACACAA